AGUCCAUUGAAAAAAAUAUAUUGGAGGGAGUCUCAUAUAUUGGUACAACGGUCAAACUAGUCAGCCGUGGACUAUCACAUAGCAUCUUCAUCUCAAAUCAAUAAUUUCUUAAACUUAAAUUGCACAUUUUUUGUCUUUCAUUGCAUUCUAACUCCCUCAUCUCCUCCUUCCUUUUAAAUACUCCCUACAAACAAAUGCUUGUCGUUAGCUUCCUCUCUCUUCUCUCCCAUUAUUCCUUCGUAUGCUUCUGGUGCUUCAUCAUUUCCACUCCGCCGGUUCACGGCGGUGGCGGCCGAGAAUUUGACCGGUUUCUCAGGUGUAACAGUACCCGCUACAACUGCGGUGGCAUCCGGGAUGUCGGGUACCCCUUCUGGGGCAAGGACAGGCCCGAAGAAUGCGGGCACCCGUCGUUCCACCUCAGAUGCAACGACAUCCGGAACGAGACGACCAUCGCCAUCGGCUCGUUGUCCUUUCGCGUGAUCGAGAUCGACAAACUUAGCCCGUACACGAUGAAAAUCGCCCGCACCGAUCUCUUGAACCACCAGUGUCCGCCAAUCGGAACGGGGCUGACGGCCGCCGACGGCGGCGGCGGCGCAUUUUCGUUCUUCCCCGACGUGGUAAACGCGACCCUGCACGUUGGGAAUUGCCGUUUUCCGCCCGACUACACGAAUCCGGAGUAUUCGAAACUCGUGUUCGAAUGCCACUGUGGGGACCACCGCGGUGACGUUAGAAAUGUAACGGUCUCGUUCCCGAGUUCGGAUUCUGACGGUGUCACGUGCGACGAUGACGGUGAGGCGUAUGUGAUGCGUGUUCCGGUUUCGAAACUCGGGUUGUUUGACGAGCUGGAGAAGAACGAUACGAGCACAAAUGCGAUGGAUGUGUUGAACCAAGGGAUCACAAUGUGGUACAAUGGUAGCAUUGAGUAUUGUUUGGCUUGCGAGGCUUCGGAUGGGGAGUGCUGGAUGAACACAAGCUCACCAAAACCAACUUGCCUUUGCCCUGAUGGGAUUUCUCCUUAUUUUUGUGGAUAUGGAGACCCAGACUGCGGAAAUGGCGUCAAGCUCUCCUACCCCUUCUGGAUUCCCCAAAAGCAGAAAUCCUACUGCGGAUUGCCUCACUACGCCGUCGCCUGUUCCCGGAAAAAACCCUUCCUCAAGAUCCGCUCCGAUUACUAUCUCCUCCUCAACGUCUCCUACUCCGACAAUUCCGUUCUAUUAUCCCGGCCGGACGCCGCCGCCGCCGGCGAUGAGUGCCCGAUUCCGCGGCGGAACUUCACGACGGAGCGGACUCCGUUCAGCUACGGCCCGAACACGGCGGACCUGGUGUUCUUCUACAACUGCACGCAGCGGUACGGGAUGGAGACGUACCAGUUGCGGUGCGCCGCGAACGGGACCCACCACGCGUUCGCGAUCUUCGGGUUCGAUCUGAUGGAGCACAAGGACUUCCCGGUCCAGGGGUGCGAACCGCCGGUCCACGUGCCGGUCGAGGCGGAGGGGCUCGACAAGCUGUUUGAAUUGAACUAUACUGAGGUGUUGAAGAAAGGGUUCGUCCUGCAGUGGAAUGCGUCGUCGUUUUGCGGCGGUUGCGAGAAGAGCGGCGGCAGUUGCGGGUUUUACAAGAACCGGUCCGUCUGUAUGUGCUUCAACCAAACGAGCAACGGAACCUGCCCUCAGUCCGAUGCGCCCCUCGAAAGCGACGCCGUUUCCUAUGCUGUUUCUGGGAAUGAAUCAAAAGGAUUGUCGUCUGGAUCGAAGAUCGCCAUAGGCAUUGGCGUAGGCGGUGCAUUUGGAGCCAUAGCCAUCGGCACGUGGUGGUUCUUGAACAAGAAGAAGAAGAAGAACGAUAAGACUUACGUCUCAUCAUCCUAUUUCAUGUCGAGAAGCAUUGGUUCGGAUCCCUCUGAUCUUGAGAAGGCGGGAGACUACCACGGAGUCCAACGCUUCGAUUACAGUGAGCUUGAAGCAGCCACUGAGAAUUUCCACCCCAAACAUGAACUUGGAGAUGGUGGCUUUGGGAGUGUCUACAAAGGUAAACUGAGAGACGGACGAGUAGUUGCGGUGAAACGCUUGUACGAGAACAACUGCAAGAGGGUGGAGCAAUUCAUGAACGAAAUUGAAAUCCUCCACAGGCUCUCCCACAAAAAUCUCGUCCGCCUCUACGGCUGCACCUCCCGCCAUUCUCGGGAGCUCAUCCUCGUCUACGAGUACAUCCCCAACGGCACCAUCGCCGACCACCUCCACGGCGAGGCGGCCGACCCCGGCCGCCUCCCGUGGGCCACGCGCCUCAACAUCGCCGUCGAGACGGCGAGCGCCUUGGCGUACCUCCACGCCUCGGAGGUCAUCCACCGCGACGUCAAGACCAACAACAUCCUCCUCGACGACGGGUUCCGCGUCAAGGUGGCGGAUUUCGGCCUCUCCCGCCUCUUCCCGACCCACGCCACCCACGUCUCCACCGCCCCCCAGGGCACCCCAGGGUACCUCGACCCGGAGUACCACGAGUGCUACCAGCUCACGAGCAAGAGCGACGUGUACAGCUUCGGAGUCGUGCUCGUCGAGCUCAUCUCCGGCCUCCCGGCCGUCGACAUCACGCGGCACCGCCACGAGAUCAACCUCUCGAACAUGGCGAUCGCGAAGAUACAGUGCAACGCGCUGCACGAGCUCGUCGACAAGACCCUCGGGUUCGAGUCGGACGAGAGGGUGAGGGGGACGGUACGCGCGGUGGCGGAGGUGGCGUUCCAGUGCCUGCAGGGCGGGAAGGACAUGAGGCCAACGAUGGGGGAGGUGUUGGAGAGCCUGGUGGAGAUACAGAGUUUGGAUGCUUUGGGGAAAGAGGAGAAGAAAGUUUCAUCGGUAAUGGGGAGCCCACUGGUUGAUGCUCCAUUGUUGUGUUCAUCAAAAAGUAGUACUGAUAAUAGUAGUAACAAUAUUAAGAAUGUGCCAGCCCUUUCUCCCAAUUCUGUCAUAGCAAAAUGGCCAAGCAGAUCAACAACCCACAGCAGCAGUGCCUGAUAUUUUUGAUUUUUUAUCUGUAGAUUGUGUUUUUUUCAUUUAGUUUUUUCACGAUCUUCAAUGUAAUAUUUUGAGUGUCACUAUUUGUAUUUAUAUAUUGAUAUAUCUUGUAAUAGUAUCACAUACUUCGUAGUGAAUCUAAUGAUAUUAAAAUAAUUGUAUAUGUGAAGCCUCAUCUAUUUUAAAAUUAUUUUAUUUAUAAUUUAGUACUUAAAUAAAAAAUACGGAGUACAAAUUAGUAUUUUGUCAGUAUUUCUCUAAAUAACUUUAGGAUGAAGGU